AUGGCUGCCAUGACGACAGUACCCAGCUAUACCCCUUCACUGUGGGUGCGGAUGUGUCACGCUCUCCCGCGGCUGGACCUCACCAUGCAGAUGAGGGACAACCUUUUUGCCCCUGACAGCUGGGAGUACCAGCAGACCCUGCUGGUUUUGUCCAGCGUAUCAGCCAUCGCCCUCGUUAUCUCCCUCUUGGUGGUUCUGUCCUUCCUCAUACACUACUGCUGCUGUCACCGUGGCGACCGCGGCGAGGGAUCCGAAGAGGAGGAGGAGGACGAAGACGGCAGCACGGGUCACGGCUACAGCGGGAAGAAGGGUCGAGGAAUCUGCUGCGUCACGUGGGUGGCCGUGGCAUCCGUCACGUUGUGCUGUGUUGCCAUAGGCAUCGGUUUCUAUGGCAACAGCGAGGCUAAUGAUGGGAUGUAUCAGUUGACCUCGUCUCUUCUCACAGCCAAUUACACGCUAGCUUCCAUCGAUUUGCUGAUCUCAGACACCAUCAAUGGCCUGCAGCUGUCCGUUUCGGGCCCCCUGACCACAAUGGAGGAGAUGUUUACGGGCAGCAAACCCUUCCUGGUUUCCACGCGCAACUGCCGGAGGUUAUCCGAGAACGUCAUCAACCUCCUCUCCUCCAUCUCCGUGGCCCGCUCGGGUCUGGACGCGGGGUUCAAUGACAGCGCCGUUAGUGGGGCCUCUAUAAUACCUUUGACCCCCGUGCCACCCUCGGCGGCCCCCACGGUUGCGCCAACGGGCGGCCUCUUGCCCGGCCCCUUUUCACCUGGCUGGGCAGCAAACACCUUAAUGAUGAACGAAGAUUACAGGUGGUUGUCAUACGUCAUGCUGCUGCUCCUUGACCUCAUUGUGUGUCUCUUCAUCCUGCUGGGACUGGCCAAGCAAGCGCGAUGGCUGCUCAUUUUGAUGACAGUGCUGGCGUGGCUUGCGCUCUUCCUAAGCUGGGGUUCGCUGGGUUUGGAGACGGCCACAGUUGUGGCCCUCAGUGACUUCUGCACCGAUCCAAACAUGUUUGUGCUCAACUCCACUAAUUUCAACACGGGGACCAGCUCAGAUGUGCUGGAUUAUUACCUGACCUGCAGUCGACGCAUGAACAGCCCAUUCCAGCAGCUCCUCACUCAGUCACAAAGGGCGCUGUCCAACAUCCACACGCACCUUUCCAGCGUCGAACGUAACGCCCUCACGCAGUUCCCUAAAGCCGAGAAAUCACUCAGGGAUGUUCAACAGAUUCUCAACAGCACAGAGGGCAACUUCCAUCAACUGGUGGCGCUUCUGAACUGCCGAGGCCUCAACAAGGACUACAUCGACUCACUGAAAGGCUUGUGCUAUGAUGGGAUGGAAGGACUGCUUUACCUCUCCCUUUAUUCGUUCCUCUCAGCUCUGGCCUUCACUGCCAUUCUCUGCUCUCUGCCUGGUGCCUGGAGGAGCUUCCCCAGCGAUUCGGAAGAGUACGAAGACUCGGACAGCGAGAGUGAGGACCCCUUCACCUCCCAUCAGGCACGUAGACAGACGGCCUCUGGGUCUCAACGCGGGGCCCCCUUCUAUAAUUACCCGGGGGCCGGGUGGACACCCCCCUUUUCUAGCGCGCCGCCCCUCCCGACUCCAAACGUUUCCUCCAAUGGCAACCCUGGCUAUGAGAGCCUCCCCUUGACUGACAGGCAGUCCCCACCCCCUUCUUACUCUCCCAGCAUGCUGACUGGUUACGGGGGAAGUCAAUCACAUUCCAACCCUGCCCAUUCAAGAAACCUGUAUUCACGUUGA